AUGGGUAUCCUAGAGCGGAUCAAGGAGAUUGAGCAGGAGAUGGACAAGACCCAGAGGAACAAGGCGACCGAGGGGCACCUGGGAAUGCUAAAGGCCCGUCUCGCCAAGCUCCGGUCGGAGCUUCUCACACCCUCUUCCGGCGGGGGCGGCGGCCAGGGUUUCGAUGUGGCGAGAAGCGGGGACGGACGCGUCGCGAUGAUCGGGUUCCCCAGCGUCGGAAAGUCGUCGCUCCUGAGCGAGCUGACGGAGACAGAAUCUGUGGCGGCGGGGUACGAGUUCACAACGCUUACAUGCAUCCCCGGAAACGUCUAUUACAACGACACACGGAUCCAGCUGCUGGAUUUGCCGGGUAUCAUCGAGGGCGCCGCUUACGGGAAGGGCAGGGGUCGAGAGGUUAUCGCAGUUGCAAGGUCCUCGGACUUGAUCUUGAUGGUGCUGGACGGUGCGAAGGAGGGCGUCAACCAGCACCGGCAGAUCUUAGAGAGGGAGCUGGAGACGGUGGGUCUGCGGCUCAACAAGACCCCGCCGAACGUGUACUACAGGCUUAAGAAGGACGGGGGUGUGAAGUUCAACAGCACGAUCGCGUUGACAAAGCUUGGAGAUGACCCGGGAGCCACGGUUAAGCGAGUGCUGUCGGAGUACAAGAUACACAACUGCGAGGUCCUGGUGAGGGAGGACGUGACCGUGGACGACAUCGUUGACGUUGUGCAGGGGAAUCGAAAGUACGUCAAGUGCUUGUACGUGUACAACAAGGUGGACAUGAUCUCGAUCGAGGACAUGGACAAGCUGGCGCGAGAGCCGAACUCGAUCGUCGUGUCGGUGCACAUGAAGCUUAACCUCGAGGCGUUGUUGGCCAAAAUGUGGGUCUACAUGGGGCUGAUCCGAAUCUUCACCAAGCGAAAGGGGCACCCUCCUGAUUUCACGGAUCCCGUGAUUCUCAGCUCUGAAAGGAGCGGGACGAACGUGAAAGCGGCGGCACAACACAUCUCGAGGGAGAUGAUCGACGUUUUCAACUACGCGCUGGUGUGGGGACGCAGCACGAAGCACGACCCCAUGAGGUGCGGCCUGGCGCACCAGCUUCAGGACGAAGAUGUGCUUCAGAUCGUGCCCAAGACUAUCACCCAGCAGAAACGGUCCAAGGGAUACGUCAAGAUAGCGCAGAACGCGAAAGACGCGCUGGCCACCAGGCGAAAGAAGAAACCGCUCAAGACGUGAUUCAUUUCAUUCAUUCAUUUAUUCGUGCCGAUCGAAACGACCGGCAUGAAUUUCGUUCCUGUGGACUUCGAAUCAUCUACCCACGACAAAACCACUCGGUCCACUGAAGACAAUGUGUACAAUGCAAAGUCAAUCAAUCGAUUAACCUUUUGGUCGAGAUUGGGCGAACUGCUGUUUCUUUGAUAUUUUUUUUCUGGAUACGACGUGGGUGCGUUUAACCAGUUGCCCCGAAAUGGCCUCAAUUUCGCGGAGCCUCAGUGCGCGUCGCCUACAAAUAGGGCAUUGUUGUUUUAUGGAGGAGAAAGCAGAGACCGUAGCGCGGCCAUGUCCUUCUUCAUGCUUCCCGACGAAUCAGCUCCGACCAGAAACUGGGCCUCCCGCAAGAAUGCAAGUAGCAGCGGCGCCCGUGCGGUGGCCACGCCCGAUGCAGGCGGCGACCUGUGUCCUUUGUGGGGGGCGUGGCCGUUCACUAGCUUGUGCUUGUUCUUGGAGCGUCUCGCGAGCGCUUCGUCGGCGACCUCGACCACCAUCGGAACGACGGUCAGCAUCGCGGCCCGAGGAUCGCCCUGACGUUGGGGAUGAUUGUUUUGUUGUCGCGAGAGAGGUACCGUAGGAAUGAUUACACCAGCGUGUGGGAAGAAAGAGAGUAAGCGUCGGGAUGAGGUGGGCGAUGAUUCCUGGCUGUCGAAGAAACUAGGAUAAGUUGGCUCGUCGACAGCCGCGAG